AUGACAAUUCAAAUGACAAUUCAAGAGGAUUACCCCAGCGGCAUGACGAAAACAGAAGAUGGAGGAUUUGGCUGGCAAGUCUGGCAUCGCAAUGGAACAGCGUGCCCCCAAGGAACCGUUCCUGUACAAAGAGUUGAAGCUGAAGCUGAGCUUUCACAGGGGAAGUACGGCCCCCUGAUUCCCGAUGCCGCAGAAAGAGCCACAAAAGGACAUCAGUACGCUGUAGGGUUCGUGGAAGCAGAUCUACCCAUCUAUGGAACCAAAGCCACUUUGAACGUCUGGAACCCCGUGGUGGAGUCAGCGGACGACUUCAGUCUGGCCCAAAUCUGGGUAACGUCCGGGAAUUACAAACACAACGAGCUCAACACGCUUGAGACGGGUUGGCAGGUGUACCCGAACAAGUAUGGCGAUCGACAAGCUAGACUGUUCACAUAUUGGACGAUAGAUGCCUAUAUUAGCAGCGGGUGUUACAACCACUAUUGCAAAGGGUUCGUACACGUCAACAGGCACGUCGUCCUAGGUGGAGCAAUCACCGGGACUUCGACAUUUGGGGGAGACCAGUUCGAUAUAACCUUGCAGAUUUGGAAGGAUCCACUUUCAGGCCAUUGGUGGUUGGGGAUGGGCCUGAAUGUUGUCCCGAUCGGUUACUGGCCCGUCGAACUAUUCACGACACUGUCGGCUCACGCCUCCAAAGUACAGUGGGGCGGGGAAGUUUUAUAUAUCAACAGCACCGGGUUGAGCAAUAUUACGCAAAUGGGUUCCGGAGCAUUUCCACGCAAAGGAUUCAGGAAAGCAGCAUAUGUCUGCAACAUGCAGAUUGCUGAGAAGAACCGGUCCUUUCUGCCGCCUCUAGACUUCCAGUUAGGAGCGACGCAGCCCGACUCGUACACGGCUGCGAAGACGCAUGGUAGAGGGCCUAGUGGCUGCGGAAACCAUUUUUACUACGGAGGGCCAGGGCCAGGGCCACUACGAUCAUCCUCCUUUCGGAGUGAUCCGUUAGCUAUUCUAUUUUUGUUUUUGGGCGUUUAUGUUGUUGUCUAGUUAUCAUCUUGUAAUAUAAUAUAUGUGUGUCUGUGUUGUAAAAGAUUAGUUGGUUGAUUAAUAAAAUAUAUGCAUUAUAAGGUU